GCGUCGCGUGUCCCCGGGCCGGGCUGAUGGGGAAGGCGGCGGCGGCCUUGGGGGCCGAACUGGGCGUGCGGAUCGCGCUGUUCGCGGCUUUCCUGAUAACAGAACUUCUCCCUCCCUUCCAGAGGCUCAUCCAGCCGGAGGAGAUGUGGCUUUACCGGAAUCCCUAUGUGGAAGCAGAGUAUUUCCCCACCAAGCCCAUGUUUGUCAUUGCAUUUCUCUCUCCACUGUCUCUGAUCCUCCUGGCCAAAUGUCUCAAGAAGGCAGACACAACAGACAGCAAACAAGCCUGCCUGGCUGCCAGCCUUGCCCUGGCUCUAAACGGUGUCUUUACUAACACAAUAAAACUGAUAGUGGGGAGGCCACGCCCAGACUUCUUCUACCGCUGCUUCCCCGAUGGGCAGGCCCCUCCGGACUUGAUGUGCACAGGAGAUAAGGACGUGGUGAAUGAGGGCCGUAAGAGCUUCCCUAGCGGACAUUCUUCCUUUGCAUUUGCUGGUCUGGCCUUUGCUUCCUUCUACCUGGCAGGGAAGUUACACUGCUUCACACCACAAGGCCGUGGGAAGUCUUGGAGGUUCUGUGCCUUUCUGUCACCUCUACUUUUUGCGGCUGUGAUCGCACUGUCCCGCACCUGUGAUUACAAGCAUCACUGGCAAGAUGUACUAGCUGGAUCCAUGAUUGGCCUGACGUUUGCCUACGUCUGCUACAGGCAGUAUUACCCUCCUCUGACUGAUGCAGAAUGCCAUAAACCAUUUCAGGGAAGACUUGCACUGCCCACUGCACAGAAGAAGCCUGGUGAUCCUCAUCAUUUUGAUAUUUAGAAAUUGGAGCUACCUCAGUGGGGAACAGGUGAAUCAGCCCUUCUAACUGGACCACACCCGAGACAAGAAUUUCUGACCUGUGUACCUCUGAAGCGGUACAGGCGAGGGCACAAGCACUUCAUUCUGCCUCCACAGGAUGACGCAGUUGUGCCCCUGCUCAUCAUGAGGAGUCAAGAUUCUUUUUCACUACUGUUUGCCACACAUUCUGGUAAAAAGAUCUUUCAAUAGUCCUCCAACAGCUUAUGAAUCUGGUCCAUCAGAUUGGUAUCCCAAGAUCUACAGUGUUAUUUCAUUUAAUUUAAAUGCCAUUCUUGGAAGGAUCUUGUCACAAAGAAGCCUCUACAUAGCCCCACUUUAUCUUAGGAACUACAGUUAAUCAUCAAAACUUAAUUUCCGUUUCCCAUAGCUCAAAAUCUUAAAAUCUAGGGCACGACCAACUAAAUUAUUUUCAUUCUGUUUACUUUCUCUGUAACAAUUCCAUCAAGCCUUAAAUAGGAAAAUGUCCAAUUCUGGCUAAUUUACCACUGUCAUGCAUAUCUUAUCCGAGUCCAGCCAGAUAUUGCUGUCCAUUUUGAAUUCUGUGGGCAUAAAUGAUUUGUAGAAUUAUUAAGUAAAGACAAUAAAAAAGAAAACGGUCAGGAGUGUGCUUUCA